AUGUCGGCCGUCACUCAACACAACCCCGAGACCCCCUCUAAGAAGGUCACUGCUGGCCUCGCUGGCAUCGACGUCAACGCCACUCCUUCCAAGAAGGCGGCUUCCAAGUUGGCCAACGACGACGACGACUUUUCCGAACCUGGUUUCCUCACCAAGGGCAAGCUCGCAGACACCACAAAGCCCAUCAAAGAGUCCACGCCUGCCACUGACGCUGCUGCCGACUCGGAAGACCAAGUGCAUGGCAAGUUUGUCGGCGACGUGGAUCUGCCCGAAGAGGAGGAGCCGCUGCUUGUCGAGACCAGCCGUCGUUUCGUCCUCUUCCCCAUCCGCUUCCACGAGAUUUGGCAAAUGUACAAGAAGGCCGAGGCUUCCUUCUGGACCGCAGAGGAGAUCGACCUUUCCAAGGACCUCCACGACUGGGACAACAAGCUGAACGACAAUGAGCGCCACUUUAUCUCGCAUGUGCUUGCGUUCUUCGCUGCGUCGGAUGGUAUCGUCAACGAGAACCUCGUUGAGCGUUUCAGUUCGGAAGUUCAGGCCGCCGAGGCUCGUUGCUUCUACGGUUUCCAGAUCAUGAUGGAGAACAUCCACUCGGAGACCUACUCGCUGCUCAUCGACACUUACAUCCGUGAGCCUGAGCAGCGUGAAUAUCUGUUUGACGCCGUCGAGACCAUCCCGGUCGUCAAGCAGAAGGCCGACUGGGCUCUUCGAUGGAUCAGCGACAAGCGUGCCACUUUCGCCGAGCGUCUGGUCGCGUUUGCCGCCGUCGAGGGCAUCUUUUUCUCGGGCUCAUUCGCCUCGAUCUUCUGGCUCAAGAAGCGCGGUCUCAUGCCCGGUCUCACGUUCUCCAACGAGCUCAUCUCGCGUGACGAGGGUCUUCACACGGACUUUGCCUGCCUUCUCUUCAGCCACCUCAGGAGGCGCGCGCACCCAGACACGGUGCUCAAGAUCAUCACUGAGGCUGUGGAAAUUGAGAAGGCGUUCCUGUGCGAAUCAAUCCCCGUCGCGCUCAUCGGUAUGAACAGCAAGCUCAUGUGCCAAUACAUUGAGUAUGUCGCCGAUCGCUUGCUGGUAUCGCUCGGAAACCCAGUGCACUACGGCUCCACAUGUCCGUUUGACUUUAUGACCAACAUUUCGUUGGAAGGCAAGACCAACUUCUUUGAGAAAAAGGUAGCAGAGUACGCAAAAGCUGGCGUUGCGCGCAAGGACGCCAACGACUCUGGCGAUGGCACCCAGAAGAGCACACACACUUUCUCGUUGGAGGAAGACUUCUAA